UUGAGUCACCUAAGAAACAGAGAAGUUAAUUUUUUUUUUUUUUCAGCAGCCUAUCAGGUAUUAUUUUUCUUAUCUAAACAUAACACUUAUCUCAAAUCCAAACCAUGGAGUGACCAUUGUGACGAUCAGUGAAAUCUAAAUCAUCCACUAACGGUACUCAAAAAUUGCACAUGGCCGCUCUUAAGGCCGUGAUCAUCGCUCUCUCAUUGCUAGUGGUGGCGAUUAUUUAUUCGGAUAUAGUUGAGGAUGAAAAUGAAGAAGAAACUUACCUCCAGGAAUCGGCGACGAGCCCGUCGACUGGUACUGGAUUGGAAAAUUUAAUGUUGGGUCAGCUGUUAACUGGAGAUUCGGGUUCGUUUGAAUCACCCAACUUCCCCACAACUGACCAUAAACUGGAUUACGUAUGGCUCAUUCAAGUUGAUAAAACAAAAAACAUCCGGCUUGUUUUGGUUGAAUUCGACACUGAAAUGGGUUCCGACUAUUUUCUUGUUCACGACGGACCUAGUACCGAACACCCAGUUAUUUUAGUGCACAGUGGAAAUUCCAUACCACCCCCCAUCAGAUCCACUGGUCAUGAAUUGCUUAUCCGUUUCGUCACAAACAGCAAAGUCACCAGUCGAGGGUUCCAGGCUAAUUAUUUCUCUGUUCCGCUUUGUUUCAAUUCCGUUUAUUCUUCGUCGGGCCUCAUCACGUCUUCCAACUACCCGUCUAACUAUGAUUGUAAUAUGCGCUGUGAUUGGCUCAUCAGUGUAGGACAGUCGGAGAAAAUUUUAAUGGAAUUUUUAGACGUUAAUACCGAGGAAGAUUAUGACGUUAUACAGAUUUACGAUGGUGAUAGCGAUCUUGCUCCAUUUCUAAACCGAAUUAGUGGAGAUCACAGAGAUGAAGUUAUUUUAACAACAUCUACAUCUAAUGUCGCCUUGAUUCGCUUUAUCACUGAUAAAAGUGUUUCUAAAACGGGUUUUGCGAUGAAAUUUACAGCUGGAAAUCCUGCGGAUUUGGUCCAGUAUUUCAUGAAGGAAUAUUCAAAUUCAGAUUUGACCAAAAAUUUAUACGAUGUCACUGAAAACAUUGUGCAAAUGUUAGCGAAUGUCACUUCUACAGAAUAACUUUAUUCAUAGUAAUAACCUAAUUCGUCAAUGUUCGUCAUCGCUUCCCUUGAAUUUAAUGAAAUCCAUAUCGUUACACUGAUGACCCACGCUAAUGUAAAUAAAAAAAUCUCCA